AUGCUUAUUAAACGUAUUAUCUUAUGUGCAUUUAUAUUAUGGAUUUUAAGUGUUUUUGCUGGCUUUGUAUUCAUGUUUUUAUCACGAAAUAAGGAAUCUAGCACCAUUUCAAUUGCUUUUACUGCUGAAGCAACUUCAGUUAUUACUACCCUUAGCUAUGAUGUAAAUGUUUCAGCUAAUGAUUCGUUAGAGGUUACAAAUCUGUCGGGACUUGCUGAUCAAGCAGUCACAACUAAUCUUAGAGUUAAACGAGCUGCUCAUGCAUCUUUACUCUUGCCAGAUGGAAAAGUAUUGGUUAAUGGCGGAUUUCACGAAACUGAUACUCUCAGAUCUACCAAAAUAUAUGAUCCACCAACUGAUACGUGGCGAGAUACAGGACCUGUGACUGAAAAAUGA